AAAAUGUAGCACGUCUAAACGGUGCAUAAGAAAUGUGUCUAUUUCAAAUAUUGAAUAAUCAAGAUUCGCUAGGUGUUAUCCCCCUUUAACGAUCAUUUUAUUGAACAAACACUAAGAUAACGUUGAACUAUUAUCUAUAUUGAAACAAUUAGGAAAAAACGUCACUUAUCAUUAGCCAGCAAGAAUUGAAGUCGUCAGGCAGUGAGGUGUGCAUAUGUGAAUUACCAAAUUAUAUAAUAUAACUUUAUCAUAACACCUUUUUUCUACAGUUAAAGUUACAGUAAAAUUGAUAAUCCAUGCUCUAAGACCAAAAUUAUACCUAAACUUAAACAAAGAUACAAAAAGGACAGCACUCCAGCGUGAACAAAUCUAAUUUCCCUAUACAAUUUGCUUAUAACUAGAGACACUAAACGAAAUUUCUAACCCUACCGUACCCGAUCUUCUGAGUGGGAAAAUAAAGGUUAUAAUUACGGAAACGUUUAUGCAAAAUUAUUUCGUUGCAACGGCAACAAAUUUAGAAAUUUCGUUUACGCGAUCGGGUGUGCUAUCUUUUCGUUAUGGAUAAAGAGGUAAAAAAGCGUUCCAAUGUGCGGUUUGAGCAGAAUGAAGACGUAGUUGGUGCUACCGGUCAAAAUUUGUCGGGGCUGUUCGUAAGCUGCAAAAUAUGUAAGUCGUCGGAUAACAGUCGAAUGGUUUGUUGUGACAGCUGUGAAGAGUGGUAUCACUUCGAGUGUGUGGGCGUGAAUGAAAGCAUAGCUAAUGUGGAUUGGAGCUGCAGUAAUUGCACGGCAAAACUUGCGGAUCCUGGCGUAGCGGGUGCUUCAACGUCGACGACACCGGAGGCAAAUUCCAACUCAACGGGUACGAGACCAAAGCAGGCUGAAGAUUUUCUGGCGCUACGAAAGCAGAUGGAGCAGAUGCAGAGAAUGAUAAUGGAGCAACAACAAAACUACGAUCGCCUGCUGAAAAGCAAGGAAGCGGAGCAGAGGAAAUCGUUACAACAACAAAAAGCCUAUUUUGAGAGGCUGCUGAGACGCAGUGAAGGGAUUAAUGAUCAAGAUGAACAGCUUCCGGAAAAUUGCGCAAAUACAAGACGAGCAUCGACUAGUUUGCAGAUCCCAUCAAGUCAAAUCCAACCGAAUGCCAACUCAACAACUAUCGCUGGGUUGAGCAGAGUGGGUGAGAAUCGAAGGAAUAUUUCGGAAGAAGGGGCGGUUAGCAUCGAGAGACAGUUAGCAGCGCUGGCCAAGAAGCAGGCCCUCGAAAUGAAACAUUUGGAAGAACGCUUGAUGAUCAUGCAGUUGAACGACAAAGCUGGUGGAGAUUCAGAUCUACAAGAAGACAACACCGGAUCCCCAAGCACAAGAAUUCAACCCAUCAGCAGAUCUGUUCCAUCUUUCACAGCCGCAAGCCGAAUUGAGUAG